AUGUUAAGACUCUGGGCCCUCGGCCAACGGCCACGUAUUUUCUCAUGUAGAUCAUUGCAUACGACGACUGUGAACAACGCAGCUGCAGCGUCUGACACUACGUCCAGCUCGGCGCCGGAAUGGACACCCACAUCUAUACGCACAGGACUCAUCGCCCGGAAACGCGGUAUGACAGUAAUGUGGGAUGACCAUGGUGCAAGGUUUCCUGUCACAGUUCUUCAGUUAGAGAACUGCCAAGUCACAGCGAACAUUCAGACAGUGCGCAAGGACCAAUCCGAAUACCAUGCUGUUCAAGUUGCUGCCUCAGACAAACGCGAAAAAACCACCACCAAGCAAAUGUUGGGUCACUUCAAGAAGGCUGGAGUGCCUCCGAAACGUAUAGUAAAGGAGUUUCCUGUGACGCCUGACGCGCACGUUCCAGUCGGGACCACACUCUCUGCGAUUCACUUCGUUCCUGGCCAAUUCGUGGAUGUCAUCGCGAACUCCAUUGGCAAGGGGUUUCAAGGGACAAUGAAGCGGUGGAAUUUCAAGGGUCUCCGUGCCAGUCACGGUGUCUCUGUCUCACAUCGCUCUGCUGGAGCCAUUGGUGCUCAUCAGGAUCCUGGUCGCGUAUGGCCAGGUAAGAAGAUGGCAGGUCGACUGGGGGGCGAGCGCACGACGACACAGAAUCUCGCGGUCGUACGCAUUGACAGCUCCCUUGAUCUCAUUUUUGUGCGCGGGUGCGUACCUGGUGUUGACGACGCGCAUGUGAUGGUGCGGGACGCAAAGAAAAAGAUGACAAGUGUAGCCCAAGUGCAACACGCGAAGGGCGAGACCGAUAAGGUGCUUCCCAAGGGUAUCGACAUAAUGCCUUUUCCCGCCGGAACGAGGGAGAUGGCCGCACAGCUUCCUCCAAUCAUUCAAGCUCCCACCCAUCGGAGAAGUCCAUUCAUUCCUAGAUCAUGA